AUGGUCCACAUCCUACAGUCAGUGUACUUACCCACAACCAUUGCUGCCUCUGCCCAACCUAGUCACAGUCACAAGUCGUCGAGUCUUCGAAGCGGCGGAUUCUAGUUCCCGCUUGAAUGGCGCAAAGAGGAACGACCCGAAGCGCCUCAACCGAGUGGGCACCGCAAAUGAACCGCUCCCAGCCUCCCGCUUCCACUUUGCACGCCUGCGCAGACAAGAGCAGAGGGGCACACGUUUAUCGGCACAGCUAGAGCAGACGAUCCAGCUUAUCGGUCAUCACACCUCUCGUGUGCUUUGCUCCGCACGAGGACUCAUCGAAUCUCAACUCAUAUGGGCUAUUUCCGCCAUCGCAACUCAACAAACCGUCCCUCAAAAAGCAACGGCGACUCGAACGCAAAUCAGAAACUGA